CUCCGAGGAAGGAGGCCAUUUUAAUAACAAAGACUAAAUGAUACUCAGUGUUGAUUAGCGCCUUGUUUAUACGAGACCUUCUAAUUACACCUACGAUAUGUCGAAGCUCGUAGCUGGAAAACUGGCAUUUGUUACCGGUGCUGGAAGCGGUAUUGGAAGAGAGGUAUGUCGAGUUUUUGCCCGAGAAGGCGCUACCGUUGUCGCAACCGAUCAAAAUAUCAAAGCUGCUACGGAAACUGUAGCCACUUUGGAAGGUGCCGGACAUACUGCAUUAGAUGUUCAAGUCACUGAUCGGAACAGUGUGGAGACAGCAUUUAAACACGUCUUGAAACAAUUUUCAAGACCACCUACUGUCAUUGUUAAUUCAGCGGGCAUUACACGAGAUAACUUUUUAAUCAAACUCAGUGACAAUAAUUUUGAUGAUGUAAUCAAUGUCAAUUUAAAAGGUACUUUUCUAGUUAUGCAAACUGCAGUUAAAGCAAUGAUAGAAGCAAAUGCAACCAAAGAUUCCUCGAUUAUCAAUAUCGGUUCAAUUAUCGGUAAAACUGGGAAUAUUGGACAAAGUAACUACAGUGCAUCCAAAGCUGGAGUUGUAGCUAUGACAAAGAGCGCUUCUAUGGAAUUUGGACAAUUUGGUAUUCGAGUGAACGUAGUACUGCCUGGUUUUAUAGAUACUUCUAUGACUAUGACUGUGCCGGAUAAAGUUAAAGAAUUAUUUAUAAAAAAUGUACCAUUGCAAAGAAUGGGAAAGCCACAAGAAGUGGCAGAGGUUAUUGCAUUUUUAGCUUCUGAUAAGAGUUCUUAUGUAAACGGAGCAUCUAUUGAAGUUACUGGAGGAAUGCAUUAAGUUCCAUGUUUUUAUUACGAACAUUAAAUAUCUAUAUUUUU